GGAUUUAUUAUCAGUGCUUCCGGCAGGGUGAUGCGGGGCAAAGUCCGAAGUUGAAAAGGUGACAGCUGGUCACAGCACUCAGGAGAUCGACGCUUUAACCAGCUUUGACAUGUCUGAAGUGAGCAACCAGCUGCCCACAGACCCCAUCUCUGCAGUUGGAGUAAUCACUUCACCCAGCAAGGUCCCUGAUGGCUUCUGUGUUGUUGCACAAACAACAGAUGGCUGUGACGCCGACCUGUGGAAGGACGGCUUAUUCAAAUCCAAGGUCACUCGCUACCUCUGUUUCACCAGAAAAACUGGGCCUGACGUUGUUGUGGACGUGAAGCUGAUUGACAUUAAGGACGCGUUGCCAGAGGGCUUCACACCUGUGGGAGAAACAUGGGACACAAAGGAAACUGCCACGAGGAAGAAGAGGCUCUGCGUGAAAAUCAGCCCUCGUGCGGCUGCUGUGACGGCAGUGUAUGACAUCCAGAUCACAGCGAAGUCCAAGUACCAUCUUGUUAACUACACCUGUAUAGGUGAGAUAAACAGUAUGGGGCUAUGGUACCGAAUGGGAGAUGUUUCUCAGCAUCAGUCAUCCCAGGAAACGUCCAGUACAGCUAACAGUGACGCUCCACCCAACACAGCAAGGGCGAGGACCACGAUCAGGCCGGACUAUGAGCACCAGAGUAGUGGGAACUACACCAUGACAGCUCUUGACGAUGUGCCCUUUGUGAUCUCUGAGAAGUUGUAUGGAAAUCCCAAAGAGAUGCAGCAAGUCAAUUUAAUGGGCAUUACGAUCAAAUCCCUGGCAGAGAUCGAGGAGGCAUUUUACUACAACUUCAGCACAGAGCGAAGCCUUGUUGUGUAACUCUCCACCGAGGCAGACAGAGACAGACAGAGAGGACUGAAACACUACAGAUACAGAUGGAAUAAUGUACUAAUGAAUUUAAGUUUGGGAUGCACCACUGCUGUACAUUGUGUGUGUAAUUCUAAACAAAAACUAAAAAGUAUUUUUACCUCGAUGGAUUCUAUGAUUCAGAACUUGACAAUGUAUUAAAUCCAACAUACUUGUUUUGAAAGUGACUUUUCAAAAUGUCUUUUGUCUUAGCUUAUAGCCAACUCAGAUGAGUCUCACAAUAAGUGCCAUGCCCAAAAUAAACCAAACUUAAUUAAUAGCCCCGGACAGAUGAAUUCAUAAAAGUCUGUUAGCUGUGACUCACAUUGUGCUCAUCAGAGUAGCGGGGGCCGUGCUGACAGUGAGUAGCAGUCAGGGAGGACAAAAGAAGAGAAGCAGCCUCAUCACACGCCAACAGGCCCCUCUGAUGUUCCUUCUCCAGCAGAAGUAUCUUUCCAUCACACAGUUCAUCAUGAGCAGCGUGUAGCAACAACGAGCAGAGCCUCUUUUUUUUUUUUUUUUACCCCAGACGCCCGCCCACGUCAGCAGUGAUGCCUCUCCUGAGAAUAGAACACAACAUUAAGUUUCAGCUCUGUGAAUAGGUUAGUAUUUACUAUUAAUAUGAUAUUUCAAAGUUUAGUUUGAACAUUAUAACUGGGGGGGGUCUGGGGGUCGUCCACUAUAACACUUUGAGCGUCAAACACUUAAUUUCCGGCAUUGGGGUGAUUUUUUUUGUGCAAUAAUUUGUGCCUUUUCUGCAUCAAUUUAUGGUGAAAAAUGUCUUUAUUUACGUAAAAGUAUAUUAUUAUUAAUUAUUCUCCUGUAUUGUUCACUUCAUUGUUGUAAGUAAAUAAUGCUCUUUGCUCUUUAUUUUUUUAUUUCUAUCUUUAUUUUUAAUUUAAUUUAAUUUAAUACAUACUGUGUACAUAUACUUAUAUUGUUUAUA